AGUUAAAGCUUGCUUGGAGAUGUUAAUGACGAUUAACAAUUGAAUAUUAGAUAUUUUGUUUUUACCUAAGCUGGAGAAGUGCAUACGCUAAACGGAUUCCAACAACGAUGAGGAUUAGAGAAUAAUACAAAUUGUUCAGAUCUGUCAUAGUUUCGGCAUUGCAUAUGAGGGGUCAGGAGCAACUUGAGAAAAAUGACAAAGAAGAGGGCCUAUACAACGGAUCCAUUCUUGGCCUGAAUUAAAAUCAUAAAGAGGCGUGAAGAAUUACUCGAAUAUUCUUUCUCAGCGUCACCAAUUCUAUUCAACGAUAUUCGUCAUAGAACUAAUAUUUCCUGCUGCUGGAUCUUCGGUUUCUGAACGUCUGGAUUACAUGGCAUCACUCAACAUGCAAUAGAAACUACAUCGUAAACCCGAAACAUACAAGUUUUCUAAACUAAUAUUAAUUAUACUUAAACAAAUCAAAGAAUUUAGACCAUAUUGCAGACUGAUCUCUCUUGGAGUUUACUACCACUAUCUAUGACGUACGCACUGAUAUUUUACUAUAAAAUGUUAUUAUAAAAACCAAAGAACCAACUGGAAUUGAAAACUCAUUUUGUAAUACUUAAUUGGAUCUCAAAUAUCCUUCAGCUGUUUCUUAUGCAUUUGUAAAGUCUCAGAUUUACAGUAGAUACAGAAGGAUUCGGGCAUGAUGGUGUUAAUUCCUGUCUCAAAUAGUCAAAUCCUUGAACCUUUAUUCUCUGCAGGUUUCUGUCACAGCCCUGUUUCUUUACUUAUUUUAUUGCAUUUUCGCCUUAACUUGACAUUUUCUAUUCCGAAAUAAAAGAGAACCUCAGUUAACAAACUCCAUAACUGAUGAAUAUUGUUACUUGAAUUUAUAGUAAUUGCAAAGUAAAGUACAUGUUUCUCGAUAAAAAAAGUGUACUAAUUUACUGUGACCCUAUAAUUCUAACUGUACUGUACAAAAGACAUUUUGUUCAUAAUUUUGGAAGAACACAUUUUAUUCUAUGCAAAACACACUUGAGAAAACAAAGAUCUGUUAUAUAAUAAGUAAUUUCAGAGAAGGCAAUAACGCAACCUAAUCAAAGUUAUUACUUAUUGAACUGCUACAAUUGUUUGUUAGUGUAUGUUAAGAUUCCUCAUCGAUUGGUAUAAUUUCAGAUUCUAAACGUCAAUCGAAAUUGAUUUUAUACAAACCAAAGAACCAAAUGGAAGUUAACAAAGCAAUUAAUGUGUAUAUUUACUUGAGUUAUGAUUGAUUCGAAAAUAACGUAUAUGUUUAUCGAUAAAAAAUGUACUAAUUUACCGUGAACAUUAACUCUACCCAAAAUGUACUAGAGGUACGUUAUUGAAGUGCUACAAUUGUUUGUUAGUGUAUGUUAGAUUCCUCAUCGAUUGAUAUAAUUUCAGAUUCUAAGCGUCAAUCGAAACUUUGUGAGAAUCUGGAAAACCUGAAGUUCAAGAGAAAAUGUCGAGGUUUAUCAGAUGGGUGAAACAUUACACUUCAUGUCGAUGGAGAUUAUGUUAUGCCUGUACUGUUGCUUUUCUUCUGAUGCAAACAUUAAGAGUUGAUCUAAGCAUGGCUUUUGUUUGUAUGUUGAAACCACUCAAUCGUACAACUGAGAAGGUUAACAUUACUGCAAACAACCGAGAGUGUUCUACUUCGGACAAUAUUCUAUGAAUCAAAACUAUGAAGGAGAGUUCGAAUGGAGCGAUGCUCUACAAUCGAAUAUGUUGGCAGGGUACUUCUAUGGGUAUAUAGCAACUAAUAUUUUGGGUGGUGUAUUGGCAGAUAAAUAUGGUGGGAAAAGGGUUCUUGGAGGUUCACUUCUCAUAGCAUCAAUUUUGACCAUUCUUUACCCAAGUUUAUCUCGAAUUAGUGGUUACUUUACACUUUUUCUAAGGAUAUUAACUGGCAUGGCAUCGUCAGCGGUGCCCCCAUCAAUUCAGUCCUUAUUUGGACGUUGGGGCCCUCCAAAAGAAAUCAGUUCUUUGAUUGGGUUUUCAUUUGCUGGUCAGUUUAUAGGUAGUAUUGUAGGUCUUUCAAUAUCUGGUUUUCUUUGUGUUUAUGGAUUUGAUAAUGGAUGGGGUUCCAUAUUUUAUAUAUUUGGUGGAAUAUCGUUGGUAUUUAGUUGUGUAUGGUUUUACAUUGUUUAUGAUAAUCCAGACGUCCAUCCCACAAUCAGCGAAGAAGAACGUUCUUACUUAAAAAGGACUAUAGUAAGUGAAAAUGUAGUCAAGAAUCUGCCUUGGCGACGACUGAUUUUCUCACCUGCCGUAUGGGCUAUUAAUUUCGGUAUGUUUUCUUAUGGCUGGACUGAUAUAUCUUUCCAAGUAUUGCUCCCUCUGUAUAUGAAAGAAGCCUUAAACGUUAAUACAACAGCGAACGGUUUAAUGUCGUCUGUUCCUUCCAUUGGACAAAUCAUUGCUCUACCGUUGUGUGGAAAAUGUGCAGAUAUUUUACGUUCCAAGAAAUAUCUGUCAACUCGUUCCGUACGAGUUUUAUUCCAAACAUUUUCCAUGGUGGCUUCAGCAUGUCUGCUGAUUGCCAUAGGAUUCCUUAGAUGUGACCAAACCAUUCUAAUAACACUGCUUUUGUUUCUCAGUGGUAUAACAAUAUCAUUUACCAGUGGUGGUGCCCUCGUCAAUAACAAUGACAUUGCUCCAAAUUAUGCUGGUGUUAUAUUUGGAUUUGCCAACACAUUUACUUCCAUAGCAGGCUGCAUUAGCGCCGUAUCUACUAACGCUCUAACACCAAACGGUACACAAAAAGAAUGGCAGAUCACGUUCGCCGUGUACGCUGCUAUUUGUGUAUUUGGUGCAAUAUUUUUUGCAAUAUUAGCAAAAGGAGAGAUCCAAGAUUGGACAGGUCCAGAAGUACCCGGAUCAUCUGUGCAUCCUAGCAACAGGAAUACAAAAGGAAGAGAUGAGAAAAUUCUUUGAUCGUUUUGCCUAGCUAGAACAUGGGAGACCAAGAUACAUUCAGUAGUUGCGAAUAACUAUCCUUCUCAUUUGUUUAUUUUCUUUUAGUUUUGGUAAUAUUGGAUGAAAAUUUGAGUUAAUUUCUAGUAUUUGUUUUGUUUACUUUCUGAAAAAAAUUUACGGUGACAUAUAAUCUCUACUUUUCUUAUAGCGACCUCUUCGUUUUCAUUGUUUUCAAAAAAUAGAAAUCGCUAUGAAACCCCUUCCUUUCACUAUCGUUUCUUUUUUCAUUCUGUCUCUAGAAUUAUUUAGAAUUAUAUAUGCUUAUGCAAUGUCGAAUUAUGUAAAAUUAUUUAAUAUUUCUUUCGUCCAUA